CUCUCAGUCCUUCCUCUGGCUUGGAGCCUCCUCCUUCAGCGCCGUUGCCAGCGGAGGGGACCAGGCGGGAGAAAGAGAGAGAGAGAAGGAGGGAGGGGGAAGUGAGAGCGAGAGACAGACAGAGAGAGAGAGAAAGAGAGAGAGAUGCUGCGACGCUGCCCUUGGUGAGCGGGACUCUGCGCCUGGCUCUGUCUCUAGAGGUGACCCGCUCUAAGGCGCAUCCGGACUCUCAGAAGGUCUGGCAUAUUGGAUACAUAGCAGCAAUGAACUGACAACUUCACCAGUACUGCUGACUUAUUCAAAUGGAUGGAAUAUGCUACUUCAAUUGGCAUAGGAUGCCAGUGAUCGAAGGAAAUAAUUUGAAGUCGGUACAGGAUUGAAGUGAUGCACCUAAGGAGAAAUAACAACUCGGAUUCGGGAAACAACUUCUAAAAUUUCCAGAGGAUUAUACUGUUCCUUUUUACCGUCACGGUGAAAUUGUGUGAAGAACGGAUAUAUUGGGAGAUACUCUGUUGCCAAUAACCAAAAAUGAAGGAGGACAUCUGUUUACAUGCUGCCCUGAUCUGUUUUGGAAUGCUCUGCUACAGCUUGGCCAUGGUGACAGAGAAACGGAACCAUUCAAGGCCAUUGCUCCAUGGUCACCAUGAAAAAGGAAAGGAAGGUCAAGUUCUCCAUCGUUCAAAGAGGGGAUGGGUGUGGAACCAGUUCUUUGUAAUAGAGGAAUAUACGGGGCCGGAUCCUGUGCUAGUUGGCAGGCUUCAUUCGGAUGUUGAUUCUGGUGAUGGAAAUAUAAAAUACAUUCUCUCAGGUGAAGGAGCAGGAAUCAUUUUUGUUAUUGAUGAUAAAUCAGGGAACAUCCAUGCAACUAAGACUCUGGAUCGGGAAGAAAGAGCUCAAUAUACCUUGACAGCACAAGCUGUGGACAGGAAUACCAACCGACCCCUGGAACCACCUUCAGAAUUCAUUGUCAAAGUUCAAGAUAUCAAUGACAACCCUCCUGAAUUCCUACAUGAAAAUUACCAUGCCAAUGUACCGGAGAGGUCCAAUGUAGGUACUUCUGUUAUUCAGGUAACAGCAUCAGAUGCUGAUGAUCCUACCUAUGGAAAUAGUGCCAAAUUAGUUUACAGCAUCCUGGAAGGGCAACCGUACUUCUCAGUGGAAGCACAAACAGGUAUUAUCAGAACUGCACUUCCCAACAUGGACAGAGAAGCAAAGGAAGAAUAUCAUGUUGUCAUACAAGCAAAAGACAUGGGAGGACACAUGGGAGGACUCUCAGGGACAACCAAAGUCACAAUUACACUUACUGAUGUCAACGACAACCCGCCAAAGUUCCCACAGAGUGUUUACCAGAUGUCAAUAUCAGAAGCAUCCAUCCCAGGAGAGGAAGCUGGAAGGGUAAAGGCCAAAGAUCCCGAUAUUGGAGAAAAUGGCUUAGUAACGUACAAUAUUAUUGAUGGAGACGGUGUUGAGAUGUUUGAAAUUACAACAGAUUACGAGACUCAAGAAGGGGUUGUGAAGCUUAAGAAGCAUGUUGAUUAUGAAACUAAAAGGAUCUACAGUCUGAAGGUAGAAGCAGCCAAUAUACACAUUGACCCAAAAUUUAUCAGCAAUGGACCAUUCAAGGAUACUGUUACAGUGAAAAUCAAUGUGGAAGAUGCUGAUGAGCCACCAAUAUUUUUUGCACCGUCUUAUAUUCUAGAAGUGGAAGAGAAUGCAGGUCCUGGUGCUUCAGUUGGGAGGGUACAUGCCAAAGACCCUGAUGCAAAAAACAGCCCAGUAAGAUAUACAAUUGAUCGUCACACAGACCUUGACAGAUACUUCAGCAUCAGCCCAGAAGAUGGUUCAAUUACAACCACAAAAAACCUGGAUAGGGAAGAAAAGGCCUGGCAUAAUAUUUCAGUGAUUGCAUCUGAAGUCCACAAUCGUCACCAGGAAGCCAAGGUUCCAGUGUCAAUCAAGGUCCUUGAUGUAAAUGACAACGCUCCAGAAUUUGCAACUCCCAAUGAGACAGUUAUUUGUGAAAAACCACAGCUACACGAGCCAUUAUUUACAAUUAGUGCGAAGGACAAGGACAGUACUGCCAAUGGCCCAAGAUUAAUCUUCAGUUUACCACCAGAAAUGAUCUACAAGCCUAAUUUUACUCUUCGAGACAACAGAGACAACACUGCAAGUAUUUAUGCAAAGCGGACAAGCUUCAACCACCAGAUCCAAGAGAUGUACCGCCUGCCUAUUGUGAUCAGCGAUGGGGGAAGCCCUCCACAGAGCAGCACCAACAUGUUCACCAUUCGGGUUUGUGGCUGUGAUGGAAAUGGCGUUUUGAUCUCUUGCAACCCAGAAGCCUACACCCUUAAUGCUGGACUUAGCACUGGGGCUCUCAUUGCAAUCCUUGCUUGCAUUGUGAUAUUAUUAGUGAUUGUCGUGUUAUUUGUAACACUAAAGCGCCAGAAGAAAGAACCUCUGAUUGUUUUUGAAGAAGAGGAUGUCAGAGAGAAUAUUAUUACGUACGAUGACGAAGGCGGAGGGGAAGAAGACACUGAAGCCUUUGACAUUGCUACUUUGCAAAACCCUGACGGCAUCAAUGGAUUUAUUCCUCGCAAAGACAUAAAGCCGGAGUAUCAAUACAUGCCGAGGCCAGAGCUUCGGCCAGCUCCAAACAGCGUUGACGUUGAUGACUUUAUCAACACAAGGAUACAAGAAGCGGAUAAUGACCCAACAGCACCUCCAUAUGACUCUAUCCAGAUCUACGGCUAUGAAGGAAGAGGCUCAGUGGCUGGUUCACUUAGCUCCUUAGAGUCAGCGACGACAGAUUCGGAUUUGGACUAUGACUAUCUACAAAAUUGGGGACCUCGUUUUAAGAAACUAGCAGACUUGUAUGGCUCCAAAGACACUUUUGAAGAUGAUUCUUAACAAUAAAAUUACAAAUUUGGCCUUAAGAACUGUGUCUAAUGUUCUGAGAAAAACAAAUCAGAGGAAAUGUAAGCAGGUAUUUUUUUUUAUUAAACAAGAAAACAGUGAAAGGCUCAUAUCUAGUUUGGUGAGGAUGGGAGGAUGCCCUUUAAUGUCAAAGGGACAUGAAAAGUGGUCUAUACUGUGACGUACCCUUUUGAUGCAAAAGUAUUCAACUUCACUAAAAAAAAAGGGGGAAAAGAAAAUAACCACUUCUCUAAUACAAAAAGAAACCUAUGGAAUGGGAAAGUCUAAACAUCAUCCUAGAAUUGAAGGCAAUCUUUUUUGUGUAUUAUGAAAAAUUAAGUCUUUUAUGUCAAAGAAGCUUCCACAAAUUAGAAAGGAUAACAGUUCCGAGCUGUAAUUUCGCCUUAAACUAUGGACACUCCCUAUGUAGUGCAUUUUUAAACUUGAAAUAUAUACUAUUCAGCCAGCUUAAACACAUAUGAUGUAUGUACAGGACAAUGUACAAUUAUAAUGUCUCUCUGAGCAUCCAACUUGUUUCUGCUGACUCUUGUAAAUCUUUUUUGCUUAUACUUUCAUCUUAAUCUAAUACGUGCCAGAUAUAAAACGCUGUCUUGUUAAAGUGGGAGGCGCCCUAUUUCUAUGUCAUUUUUAAAUGUAUCUAUUUGUACAAUUUAAAAGUUCUUAUUUUUAGUAUACAUACAAAUAUCAGUAUUCUGACAUGUAAGAAAUGCUACAUCACACUUAUAUUUUAUGAACAUUGUACUGUUGCUUUAAUAUGUGCUUCAAUAUAUGAAGCAGACUUUGAAAUAAAAAGGAUUCUCUUUUUUAAA